GUUUUAGGCAGCUCUUGCUUUCCUUCCAUCUACUCUGCUGCUGCUGCUUUGGCUUUGUGGCCCAGCUCUCUCUCUCUCUCUUUCUAAUAGGAUGGAGACCACUGUUUUGUUGGGAGCUGAACAGAGAAAUGGGAAUGAUAUAUCAAGAUUUGGGCAUAUGAAUGGCAAUGGUUCAUCAAUGUCAGUUGGGAAUGUGAAUGACAAUGAUUUAUCAAGAGUUGGGCAUGUGAAUGGCAAAAGUGGUCCCUAUGAUUUGCUGCACAAUGCUUAUAUGAAUGGCAAGGGCCCUAUCAAUAAAAAUAUGGCUAAAAAGGAUGAGUGCAGUGAUCAUAUAAAUCACAAGGAUUUUCCAAGCAAUGGUCAUACGAAUGGCAAUGGUAAUAUGAAUGGAGAGAAUGACUGCAAUGGCUCAGGUAGUCACAGUUAUCUUAGCAAGCCAUUAGACAUUGAAGAGUUCAGAAAACAUGCUCAUACAAUGGUGGACUUCAUUGCUGAUUAUUACAAUAAAGUAGAGAGCUUCCCAGUUCUCAGCCAAGUAAAUCCUGGAUAUUUAAGCUCUUGGAUCCCUGAGAGUGCUCCACAAAACCCUGAUUCAGUAGAAAGCCUUCUUACUGAUGUGAAAGAGAAGAUGAUACCUGCAUUGACACACUGGCAAAGUCCGAAUUUUUAUGCAUACUUCCCUGCAGGGUUGAGCACUGCAUCAUUUCUAGGGGAAAUGUUGAGUAGUGGGUUUGCUAUUGUCAAUCUUCAUUGGAUGACAUCGCCUGCUGCCACUGAGCUUGAAACCAUAGUCUGUGAUUGGCUUGGAAAAAUUGUCAAUCUUACUGAUUCUUUUCUUUCAUCUUCUGGUAAAGGUGGUGGUGGGGUUAUUCAAGGAUCAGCAAGUGAGGCAGUCUUGGUAUCAUUAUUAGCUGCAAGGAACAAGGCUUUAAAGAAAUUUCGUGUAGAUUCAGUUGACAAGCUUGUAGUUUAUGUAUCAGAUCAGACACAUUGUUCAAUUGAAAAAGCUUGCAAAAUUGCAGGAAUAUGUGAACAUAAUGUUAGAGUGAUAGCAACAAGUUGUUCCACAAACUAUGGGCUUUCUACAAAAAAUGUCCGUGAUUGCAUAUUAAAAGAUAUUAGUGUUGGUUUACAUCCAACAUUUUUAUGUGCUACGAUUGGAACAACAUCAUCUACAAGUGUGGAUCCUGUACAAGGACUAUCCAAACUAGCUUGUGAACAUGACAUAUGGUUUCAUGUGGAUGGUGCUUAUGGUGGUGCUGCUUGCAUUUGCCCUGAAUAUCAACAUUAUCUCGAGGGAAUAGAUAAUGCAGAUUCCUUUGUCAUGAAUCCUCAUAAAUGGCUUUUUACUAAUUUUGAUUGCUGUCUACUUUGGGUAAAGGAUUCAAAAGCUUUGGUUGAAGCAUUGUCAAUGAAUCCAGAAUAUUUGAAAAACAAGGUAUCACAAUCCAAACAAGUGAUAGAUUAUAAAGAUUGGCAAAUACCACUUGGAAGUCGAUUUAGGUCAUUAAAGUUAUGGAUGGUAUUACGUCUUUAUGGAAUUUCAGAGCUUCAGACAUAUAUUAGAUAUCAGAUUUCCCUUGCUCAACAUUUUGAAAAUCUUGUAAUCAAAGAUAAAAGAUUUGAGGUUAUGGCUCCUCGCACUUUUGCAUUGGUUUGCUUUCGAAUUUUACCAACAGGAGAUGAUUGUGAUAAUGGGCAUUCAUUAAAUUCACAAUUGUUAGAUGUUGUAAAUGAGAGCGGACAUAUGUAUUUAUCACAUACGGUCUUAUCAGGAAAAUAUACUUUACGCUUUUGUGUGAAUAGCGUAUUGACAAAAGUGCAUCACGUGGAUGCUGCAUGGAAACUUCUUCAAAGCAAAGCAUCAAUUUUACUAAAAUAGAGAUUUAAUUGUCACAAUUAAAGAAUGGGCAUAAAGAAGACGUUAAAUACAACAAGCAUCUAGAAGAGAUCAAACACCAAUUUUUGUAGCUCCAUGAAAGGGAGAUUCAAUGCCAAAUUUGAAGUACAAUUUGUGUUAUGCUACUAUGUUUGUUUCAAGAAUUUUUAUUGGUUCAGCGGAUUGUAUUAGUUCUUGUUAUUUUGUAGACAAUAUUGGAAUGUGUAAGAUGGUUAAUAUUGUUCUUUUGUUGA